UUCUGUUCAGUGAAUGUUCAGUUGAUAAUUUAAAAAAAAAAUGGCUGAUCCAACAAUUCAAACCUUCUGUUGUCGACAUAACAACAAUACCGAUAUUGCUAUCAUCAUAAUGCAAGAAUUUAAUACAGACAUUUAUAAUACUGUGUGUUUAUUUUCUUCAGUUAUAGGAAUAUUUGGUGCAAUUUAUCAGAUAUUGCCUAAAGAAGAAUAUCGUUGGCAAAAUUUUUCUUUAUCAAGAAGUCGACGAAUAAUUGUUUGGCUUGCUGUUGCUGAUUUAUUUGCAUCAUUAGGAAUAUUCAUUCGCUCAGCGUUAUGGAUAAACUAUAAACCAAUCAUGCCAACGAAUGACACCACAAGUGUUAUACUUUGCGCAUUGUCAUCGGCAUGGACUCAAUACUUUUAUAUGUCAACAUGGAUAUGGACAAUGUGUUAUGCGAUUGAUAUGAAAUUAUUACUCAGCGAACGACCGAGUAAAUAUGGAUGGUAUCAUGCAGCUUCAUGGAUUUUACCCGCCGUAUUAACAACAUUCGGAUUAACAAUUCUUUAUAUUCCUAAAGCUAAUUGUCAUGAAUCAGUAACAAUGACAGCGGCUAUUUUACGGAUUCUACCAAAUUAUUGUGUUACUUAUUUAUUGCUGGGUAUUGUAAUGAUUGUUAAUCCAGUUCUAUAUAUAUCGUCAACAAAAGAUUUACAAAAUGCUGUUAUAUGUAGUAUGGCACAGAUGACUGGACGCGAACGUAAACUCGUCCAAACAAUUCAAGUUAAAUUUGCGAUGAUUAAUUUAGUUUAUUAUAUUUGUUGGGUACCUAAUUUGAUUAAUGGAAUACUUUUAUGGACACUUUGGUUUCACUUACCCGUUAAAGUUAUCAUUGCCUUAUGGUAUAUUAUGGCUGUAACAAAUCCACUGCAAGCAUUUUUUAAUGCGCUAGUAUAUCAACGAUGGGGUAAACGUGAAAAAUUUUUUUCAUGGUGGAAAAAAUUACAUCAAUUAUAUACAAAUAAUAAAUUGAAUGAUAGUGAAGAUUUAGAUGAAGUGUCGCCAUUAUUAAAUAUCACGCCACAAUAUGAAUGCAUUAAUGGCUCAUCCUGAUUAUUAAUACAUAGACUGAUUAUUAAAAAAUUUAUUUAUUAAUUUAAAUGAUCAUUAACAUUUAAGUUUAUUUAUAUUUAUUUUUUUACUGUACAGGUACGUAGACCAUUGUUUUAUUUUUAAACAACAUUCAGUCAUUCGCAUACAAAUAUGAAACAAUAUUAAUUAAAUUUUUUUUUAUUGAUAUUUUUUAGUUUUAAAUUUUUUCUCACUCAAUUGGUUGCAAGUUUUUUUUGUUUUAUUUUAUGAAUUUAAAUUAAUUUAGUUAGCACCUUCGGAUUAAUACAUUAAUACAUCCAGAUAAAUAUCGACAACAAAUUUACCUUAUUUUAUCAUUUAAAAAAUAAUAUCUUUUAUUAAUUUCAUUAAAUACCGUACUCGUUUUGUAAGAUAUUCAUUUUUAAUUAAUUAUGAUUAAUAAUAUAUCUAACUUUUUCUUUUAAUAAUAAUUAUCAAUUAUAUCCAUAAGUCGCGCACAAAAUUAUUUACAUUUAAUUGUAGUGUAAGAUAAAAAAAAAAUUAUAAUCGAAGUCAUGGAUUACUUGAUUGGAAGAAUAUUUUAGUGUUAAAAAAAUAAUUUUAUUAAUAAAAUAAUAAUGC